CGUUGCAAAGAACGUGGAAGUCCUUUUUCGCCUAGCGUGAGACGACGAGCAACGUACAAUAGUCAAGAUGCAGCUCUUUCUACGUGCUCAGAACCUACACACCCUUGAGGUGACUGGACAGGAAACUGUUCAGGAUAUUAAGGCUCAUGUCCAGGCUCUGGAGGGCCUCUGUGUUGAGGAUCAGGUGCUCCUACUUGCUGGUGCCCCACUGGAGGAUGGUGCCAUCCUGAUGGACUGUGGGGUUGUAGAACACUGCACUCUGGAGGUGGCUGGCAGGCUUCUGGGAGGUAAGGUCCACGGUUCUUUGGCUCGUGCCGGCAAAGUACGAGGACAGACACCCAAAGUGGACAAACAGGAGAAAAAGAAGAAGAAGACUGGCCGUGCCAAGCGUCGCAUCCAGUACAACAGACGCUUUGUCAAUGUUGUGCCCACCUUCGGAAAGAAGAAGGGUCCUAAUGCCAACUCCUAAAUAAAAAUGAAAAAUUCCUGUUCAUAAUAAAAGUUCAGAUUUGACAGUA